AUGAAUGGCUUCGUAGCUGUACAUUGUGGUGCUGGUUAUCACAGUGAAGCACUUAAAAAAGAAUAUCAACGAACCUGUAAUUUGGCUUGUCGAAAAGCAAUAGAGGCUUUGAAAAAUGGAAGUAAUGCCGUCGAGGCUGUAGAGAGAGCAAUAAUAGAGUUGGAAAACAGCCCACUGACUAAUGCAGGCUAUGGAUCUAAUUUAAGCUGGGAUGGAACUGUGGAGUGUGAUGCUUCCAUCAUGAAUGGACAAACUUUACACUUUGGAGCUUGUGGUGCAGUCUCUAAUGUUUGGAACCCAAUUAGCUUAGCCAAACAUCUCUGUAUGAAGCAAUGUGAAAAUCUUUCAUUGGGUCGGGUUCCACCCUGUAUACUUACAGGGCAGGGAGCACGAUCUUGGGCUGAAAGGAUGGGAUUGGAAAUUGUGGAUGAAAAAAAAAUGAUUUCAGCACGUGCAUUUCGUAAUUAUAAACACAGCAAAAGAAAGCUAAAACGAUAUUCACUGCAAAAUGAUACAAAAUUUAGCCCAUUAGAUACAGUAGGUGCUGUAUGUGUUGAUUCCAGUGGAGUUGUUGCAUCAGGAGCCAGUUCAGGUGGUGUAUCAUUAAAACAUGAAGGAAGAGUAGGCCAAGCAGCUUCAUUUGGUAGUGGAGUAUGGGCUGUAAUGAGUAGAGAUGGUAAACAACCUUCAGUAGCAUCAUGCACAUCAGGCUGUGGAGAGCAUUUAAUUAGAACACAAUUAGCAAAGAACUCUGCUGAAAGCUUAUUAGACUCUUCACCUACUCUAGGACUGGAUAAAUGUUUAAAGGAAAAAUUUUUAGACUCACCAUUUCUGUGGGAUGUUAAUGAGAGACUCGGUGGAACACUAGGAUUGCGAUUUGAUCCAGGCAAUGGUGAAGGUGAACUUCUUUGGGGCCAUACAACUAAGACCAUGUGUAUAGGAUACAUGUCUACAGAAAAUGAAAGACCAAAGUGUGUUUUAUCAUACCUACCUGCAAAAGUGGAACCAGGACAGAAAGCUGUUGUCUCCGGAACUCCAUUCAAAGUUCCCAUUCUACCGUGCCCCGUAAUUCACUGGGAAGUAAAGACUGACUCAAAUUGUAAUGGAUCUCUUUGA